CAAUAUCAAAAUCUUACUAAAAGACUUUGGCUUGUGUGAAAAAUGUAUGUAUAUAAUUGGUUGCAUUUGUGACAUUUCGUACGAAAGGCGGUACCUCGACUUGUCUUCAAUGGUUCCGGGUAUACUCGUUAAAUGACACGUUGGUAGUGUCGAUGACAUCACCCACUCCACCUUAUUGUCUCGUUGAGGCCGAUCGAAACGCUAGAGAUCAAUUGUAUAUAUAGUCAGUGUCUUAUGGCACGCGGUUUAUCUUGCCUUUGGCUUGCUGUCACGUUGCUCGCCGUCAACUGGAUAACAGUUCCAUGCUGCGACCUACCAUACUACGGUCUGAAUUGCAGCGAUAUGUGUGGAGCUAAUCUGACGGGGUUGGCUGGCGUUAUUCGUCCACCUGGUUACGACUCUUACAACGAACAUUACGAGAACUCGGUGCAGUGCGAGUGGAAUAUUAUUCCUCGGGUGGAGAACGUGUCCGUCGUCAUCACAUUCGAUUACUUUCUUACUGAUUCGUGCUGCGACUAUCUGUCGAUUACUGAUGAUCCAUUUUCUGAAUACUACACUGAAUUAGCAAACUUUAAGGGCACCGAAGCUCACACGGUGAUUCAUAAAGCUCCUCUUCGUCUUUUCUUCUCUUCUGAUGGUUCGUCGACAAGACGAGCCUUUAGUUUACGCUACACAACUGGACAACCACCCAGCUUUCUCUCAGAAACGUACAAUCAAACUGUGAACGAAAGUGACAGGGUGUUACUUCUUUGUGAUGUGACCGGAAUACCGCCACCUGUAGUGACGUGGUACAAGAACGGGUUGGAGAUUCAAGUUGGCUCUGAUCUUUUGUCUCAAUUUGAAUUGCAAGGAAACCAUCUACUAAUAAGAAACGUAAGGGAAGGAGACAAUGGAUAUUUUCAAUGCAGAGCGCAAAAUUUCCUGAACGAGGCGAAACAAUCUUUCUGGCUAAUAGUUCAUACGCUUCCAAAAAUUCUAUUUCAUCCAACAUCAGUUCACUUUGAUUCUAUGCUACCCGCUCAGAGCGGUCCGUACAGAGAAGACGAUUCCUUAUACAAUGAAGGACUGCAAGCUGUUUUUCACUGUCAAGUUCACGGCUAUCCUCGGCCUUCUAUCGUUUGGAAAAAGAAUGGUAACUACCUAUACAGAGCUCCAAAUCGUUCGCUGACGUGGUUAACAAUCAAACCAGUGAACGUGUCUGAUGUGGGAAACUAUACUUGUGAAGCAUACAAUCGGAUGGGAAUUGUCGAGUCUCGCGCUGCAUCAUUAACAAUAGACAGAAGUCUUCUCUGUUGUUUGUACUUGCGUUUUCCAGACAAAGUAGAAACAUCUUCCUGGACUAACGUCGAGUUAUCGCUAUCGUUUCAGUCGUUAGAGUAUAAACUGUUUGCUGUAUCAGUAGCCAAAGAAGGUCAUUUGUACUCGCCGGCGACAUAUUCCCAGUUCUCUGAACAAAAACACAUUCGCACAACUAACGUUACUAUCUAUCUUGGAAGUUUGGAAGAAUCAGAUACAGCUGUUUACAGCUGGCGUUUGUAUAUGAGUGCUCCAGCAUCUAGCAUUUUGCCUAAAAUUGAAGUCACGUCAUUUAUACCCGUCACAAUUCAAGGAAUGCCUCGCGUAACCGUCACUUCCUCCUCAUCAUUUGUUAGAAAUUUGUACGGAAGUCACAUCAUAGCUUGCUUUGCAAAGUCUCUGGUUUAUGCACCAUGGGUUCGCUGGUUCAAAAAUGAUGACCAGAGUCUCGGUUAUUCUUCAAUAAAUGGAAGCAAUUACAAGAUAACUUACCUCUUUACAACAAAUGAAAUCAGUGUAACUCAUUACACUUGCAGUGCACGAAAUUCAGUCGGGAUUGUUACAAAUGCCACUGUUUCAGUUGUAGUGAGAGGCUUACCAGGAGGAUGGAGUUGGUGGACCGACAAUUCUCUGUGUAGCGUCAGUUGCGGACCUACAGCAGGAAUCAGAAUCAGAAGAAGACGUUGUUAUAAUCAAAAUGGCUGCUCUGGUCCAGAAUUUAAUGCAUCAACUUGCUACUCCUAUAAGCCUUGUCUGUCCGUGCCGACAACCACAUCAACAGUAAAGAGUACGUAUACGUCAGAAACGCCGUCUACAGUUGCAAGUUUGCCAACGACUACUCAAAAGACAAAAAGCCCUAAUAAGACUUUUUGCGAUGCAGAGAACAAGUCACUUUCUGCUGGUGUGAUAGCAGUGGCGUGUAUCAUUCCGACAGCAAUCGUCACUUCUGUAGUCACGGUUGCCAUAAUGUACUACAUAUUCAAAAGAAAGGACAAUGACCGUAAUGCACCACCAGAACGAGCUCGAGACAGAAAAGAUGUAGGAAAGUCUGACAUACGUGCCUCCGCCCACGACAGAUAUGACUCUUCGGUCACGUUCAAAAAUGAGAAAAAGGACGUCAAAAUUGAAAGGCCUCAAGCAACUAAUCCAGAACCAAGCGAAACGGUUGAUUUAGUUGAAGAGGACUAUUAUGAAGACGUGGAGGAGGUGUCAGAACUCCACGUGCAACCGAUUGACAAGCAAACAAGUUCUAGUCCUCGUAAACCUCAAGCAAGUUAUGAAGGUAGCAACAAGCAUCCUAAACCCAAAACAAGUCAUGAAGGCAGUUCCAAGCAUCCUACACCCCCACCACGUCUUGAAGAUUGCUACAAGUAUCCUAAACCCGAAAUAAGUUAUGAUAAACUAAGGUCCAAUGUCAAGCCAUCAACGACAGCCUCAAAAUCUGAGAAAUAUGCUAACGUUCCACCUCAACUCUCAUCACAAACUCAGCAACAAUACGAGGAAGAGGACUACUACGUCGAACCGGACGGCUGCGUACCCGAUAAAAAAAAUUAGGUCUCUAGACGGACGUUUAUAGAUCCAACUGAUUAAACAUUCUGAAAACUGAAAAAAUAGAUAUGUCGACGAGUAGUAGCCGCAUGGGGUUGGACUAUAAUUAUUAGAGAUUUGACUUGUUGGUAUGUACUGUAGUCUCUAGUUACGACUGCAAUUGCCUAGGUACCGCGACAGUAAACACGCCAAGUUUUAUGUAUCGAUCGAAAC